AUGUCGAGCAAUUUCGGAAAAGCCCACAAGUCACUCAAUGGUGCGCCCUCCCCGCAUUCUACAAAGCUUCAGACAGCAGGUUUCUACCGCAACGGUCUCUGCGACGUCGGCAAAGAAGACACCGGAAACCACUCUAUAGCCGCAACCCUCACAGACCCCUUCCUAGACUUCAGCGCCAGCCGCGGCAACAACCUCCGCUCCAUCGGUCUCAGCGCCGGCUGCAAAUGGUGUCUCUGCGCCUCCCGCUGGAAAGAAGCGCUGGAUUUCGCCAACAGCAGCUCCGAAAGUGGAGACGUAGCGAAAGCGGACAUUGUUCCCAAAGUUCACUUGCACGCCACGCACGAGAGAGCGCUCGAUGUGGUGGAUAUGAAGGAUUUGAGAGCCCAUGCUGCCGAGUCCGAGGCGGCGAAUGCGAGUUCGGUUGCGCAGGAUACGGGGGGUGGGAAGAAUAGGCUGGGGAGUUUGGGGGUGAAGGAGAGGACGGAGAUGGCGGGGAAGGGGGAUAUGACGAGUAGGGAGUAG